GAAACUUCCCUUUCCUUGAUCAUUACAUUGCACAACAAGACGGGACAAGACAAACAGGGACAGAGACAGAGCGCAGUCACGAACACAAACGGUAGUGCAGGUGGUGGUUUUCGGGAAAGACCGUUGGAAAAUUGCAUUCGCAUAGGCGCAUAUUAGCAGUCUGCUUUGUAGUUCGGUUCUUGACCAGCUAACAAACAGUGUGCCAUGAGGGUGAGCGCUGUGUUAGUGUGUGUGUUACUGCUCUGGGUGGAGGGCUCCGUGGGCGAUACUCCAGCUAACUGUUCCUACGAAGAUCUUCUGGGGACAUGGGUGUUCCAGGUGUCGAAGGGAGGCCUGGACAAAACCGUCAACUGUUCUCAAAUGGGAGCUGCCGUUAAAACGGUUACGGUGGAUUUACAGAAGCUGUCGGUAUCUUUAGAUGACCUUGGCAAUACUGGCUUUUUCACUCUUAUCUACAACCAGGGCUUUGAGGUGGUCCUCAACAACUACAAAUGGUUCAGCUUCUUCAAGUAUUCCCAGCAGGGGUCUGAGGUGACCAGUUACUGUGACCAGACGAUGGCAGGCUGGGUCCACGAUGUCCUCGGCAACAACUGGGCUUGCUUCGUGGGGAAGAAGGUGGUCGCUGUACCCCCCCGCACUGUAAACACACGACGUGCCACCUAUGGCCGCCUCCUGCAGCAGAGGCGGUACAAACACAACCUGGACUUCAUCGAGGCCAUCAACUCUGCCCAGAGCUCCUGGAAGGCUGCCCCCUACAGGGAGCACGAGGCCUACAGUCUGAUGGAGCUCAUGUACCGUGCUGGGGGUCCUGCCUCUCAGAUCCCCAGGCGUGCUCACCCCACCCCUCUCACAGCUGAAGGUGCCAGGCUGGCGUCGGCACUGCCCGAGCGCUGGGACUGGCGUGAUGUCAACGGGGUCAAUUACCUCAGCCCUGUUCGUAACCAAGCGUCUUGCGGAAGCUGCUAUUCCUUUGCCACCAUGGGGAUGCUGGAGGCUCGCGUCCGGAUCCAAACCAACAACACCGAGAGCCCCAUCUUCAGCCCCCAGCAGGUGGUCUCCUGCUCAGAGUACUCCCAAGGUUGCGACGGUGGUUUCCCGUACCUGAUCGGGAAGUACAUCCAGGACUUUGGCAUCGUUGAGGAGUCCUGCUUCCCCUACGUGGGGAAGGACACCCCAUGCGGGGUUCCCCGCAACUGCCUACGCCACUACGCCGCCGAGUACAGCUACGUGGGCGGCUUCUACGGCGGCUGCAGCGAGGCCGCCAUGAUGCUGGAGCUGGUCAAGAACGGGCCCAUGGGAGUGGCCUUCGAGGUGUACCCUGACUUCAUGCACUACCAGGAGGGCAUUUACCACCACACGGGCCUGACUGACCACCACAACCCCUUCGAGCUCACCAACCACGCCGUCCUCCUGGUGGGAUACGGACGCUGUCACAUGACCGGGCAGAAGUUCUGGGUGGUGAAGAACAGCUGGGGCACAGGCUGGGGCGAGAGCGGGUUCUUCCGGAUCCGCCGGGGAACCGACGAGUGCUCCAUCGAGAGCAUCGCCGUGGCAGCCAAGCCCAUAGCCAAACUGUAGCGGGGACACACAAGGUCAAUCGUGUGGAGUAGGGGUCUUCCUUAUGUCUUUCCUUGGCCUGUCAGGGCAGCUGAGGGGAAGGCGUAGAGGAAGAGAGCUACCCUGGACCAUUGGCAUGCAGGCGCUGUUUCUGUCUGUCGCAUCCUGCUGCUUCCUUCUGAGUGUCUGAUCUGUUCCUGGCUCUGCUCCAAACUAGAGAUUUGUGAGGUUUGGAAUGCAGCCAGGACCCAAAUACUUCCUACAUUUUAAUGAUCUCUGGUCUGGAGUUCUGGAUAGAAGACAGACAGGUUUUCACCUUUUCAGGGAGCUUGGGGGCUGAUUAGGGUUAGGUUAGUGUUUUCUGUGAUGUUUUCGUAGGGAGAAAUAUUUGUUGAAAUUGCUAGUGUGAUAAUACAUCUACGGUCAGUAAAGUAUGAUUUUAGGAAAUAACUGACGCCUACUUAGGAUUAUAAAUUGAAACGGAACAACCCACCUCCUUUUAAAGGGAUAAAUUACAGCUGUGUGUUUUGUACCUGUAUCGGUGAAGUGUUCUUCAUACAAAACCUAAAGGGAGUUUUCUAAAAGUGCCACAGUGAUUGUUUGAUUUGUUUUUUUUUUAUCUGGUUUUUGUAGUUCUUUGAUCAACAGGACACCUGCUGCUCUGCAUCACUCAGGGAAACGCAGUGGAGCUUUGCUGUGUCACACAUCCUGUUCUCUGCUUUCUACCUGGUCGUCCUCUCAUCCCCCCCCGGGGCUUCUGGGAGUUGGAGUCAUGAGGGAGGAUGUCACAGGGACUCUUGUUUCUUCUUGUGUAAAAGGGACAGAACUUUCAUUGUAGUGCCUUGAUGUCAGAGCCCCCUUUAGAAGUGGCAGCCUUUUAUUUGUAAUGUGCGCGUUUUAAAAAUGGAUUUUAUGCAUGAUUUGCACUCGUUUUACAAUGGAAGAAAAUAAAGCAGAUUUUGGAAAAUAA